CUUCAUUCAUUCAUCAACAUCAUCAGCUGACGAAACGUAGUAACAACGUACACAUGCGACACACAAACGUAAAUGUACACAAAUAUCGUAUUUCCGCGAGCGACUCAUCAACUCGUGCUCUUACAUGCAGCAGCGACACCAACAAGAAAGCCUGUAGUAUUGGUAGUGACGUUCAGUGAUCAUCUUAUCACAGAACAAGGAUUUCAUCCAAAAUCUUGAGACGAUUUUGAAAUACAGUAGGCCUAGUCCAUAUCCUGUGGAACACAAUUUUGGGAAAGGUGAGGAGAGACACAAACAAGCCAUCAUUCACAAUUCGUAUCAAUUUUAGCACGCUGAACCCGUGCUUUGAGUUUCGAAAUGAUGCAUGAAAUUGCGCAAUCUGAGCAAGUAACUAGGAUAAGCUUUUCCUUGUGCAAAAGUUGGCGAGGGUGUCCCAUGGCUGUGGUCUCAACGAGUGAAGAGAAUUUAAGCUUUCACGAAGAAGUUGCAGCUGAGUCGGUUCCAAUUGCAGAAUGUGACAAGGUCUCUGGCGAAGCUCGGAAGAGGCGUCACCGCCGAGGGAGGACCCGCCACCGACACCGACUUUCGAAGCACAGACGAGACCAGCAGCGGGCACGGUGUUUGAAAAGGGUCAUGGGGGCUCCAAGGAAUGACAACGAGUACCUGAUGAGCCAGUACGCCCAGGGACAGCUUCAAGAGGUGCCUUUUUAUGAGUCACAUCCACCUCCUCAUCAGUUCAACCAUCCAGCCUGCCAGUGUCCAGGGUUGUCCUUACAAAGCUGCCUUUCCUCCUUAGGGAUGGAGGACAUUACCCCACAAAGAGGAUCGCCAGAUACCUGCAGUUCAAGCCCCUCCGACUACAGCAGCUUGCCAAGCUCCCCUGACGAGGACAGUUGUCACUAUGGUUACAGAGACCUCUAUCCAGCUUCUUACAAACAGCCUGAGAGAACUGAUCAUGCUGAAGUAGAAAUAGGGCAUGGCAUCAUUAUAGGUGGAGCAGAUGCAGAUUUCGUGAAGAGAAACUUUGAAGAGGAGUAUGCCAACAACAUCACAAGGGGCCUGGAAGAAGCGUCAAAGGAAGAACUGAUCUUGAAAUGCAUAGCACUUAUGAAGAAGCUUAGGGAACUUGAGCAGGGCAAGGUGUCAAGAGUGGCAGAAAAUCACGUUUUGAGAAGUGAACAUAUGUUCUGCUAGGCUCUAAUUUGCUUUUGACGCAGCAAACACAGACCGAACAGUGUCCUUCAUAAAUGAGCCAAACUGAGGAACUGACUUAGAGCAAUUGUGUGCAAAGAGCUACGUGUAUGAAGGCAACUUGGCUGCAUGGAGCAAGCACGAUGUGAUUCCUGACCAUGACAACCUUUUCUCCUUCGCUGUUCCUGGGACAUCUCAUUCACCCUUUGACCUACAGGUCACAAGGUCAGCUGGAUGAGGAAAGUUCUAGGUAAACCUGACAAUUCAAAUAUGGGCAUGAUUUUACUUUACUAACGUUGGGUUAGUUAAAACUUGUAAUCUCAAAAUUUUGCAUUGGAAAGGAACUUACAGGUUUUGUUUUUGGAAACCAAUUCACAACCAUCAUUCAGUGUAAUGUUACGAUUUAAACUUUCGGUAUCCACAUCAACUGUAUUACUGUUUAAUUUGCGUACAUUAAAUUUUUGUUGAGUGGUAGUCCUGGUUGGUUUAGUUUUAAAACUUGUUUCCCUAAAGUGUCAAUUAAGUGUACACACUCUGAACAUCCUUUUUUCUAAUUACCAUCUCGUAACUGAUUUGAAGAAGUGUUGUAAAACGUUGGUUGUCUUGCUACUACUGGGUUUCUUCUGUCUUGAAAUGAGCAACCCUUGUAUUAUCCAUAUGACUUUGUUUUCACAGGAGAUGCCUAUAGAGUGGACCAGAUACUUCAGUCUUGACCACCUUCGACAUAUUGGUUACCUAAUACAUGUAAUUACAUAAUGUAGGACUUGUGAAUUAAAAUUUAAAAUCCAUGUCUCCAAGCACCAGAUUUCUUAAUGCUUUAACUUUCUUUAUUUUUCCAAGUGUGACAUCACUUCCAGCAUUGUAACAUCAUUUCAGGAAGGAGGUUAACCUCCCAACUUUAAUCUUUAUUGUCCUUGGAAUCAGAAAUCCAUGCAUGAUCAAAGAUUUUACAAAGUUAUGAGAAUAUUAAGCUGAUUAUUCCAUUUUGACAUCAAACCAUCUGAAUUUUUAAAAGUAGAAGCAUGAGCUUUAUCCUAAACAUUAAAAAAUUGCAUUGCAUUCUAAAUUUACCUCUGGCUGAUGGUCCUCAGGUUUUAGCCAAGUCAUCUGAUUUUGACAUGCCAUGUGAUAAUAAGCCAUGUCCCCAAUACAGUGUGCAAGAAAACAUUCAUAUUUUUGUUCAGGCUUGCAUGUGGAAUGUAAUGAUUCAAUAAAAUCUAUUUUCUUUACAAGACUAAAAAAAAUAUGCAAAACUGUAUUUUGGAGUAUGUCUGCCAACCUUUUGUUAUUAUCUGAAAGACUCCUGGGUUGGGUCAUACAUGUAUUUGAGGGUGCAUUGAAAACUACUAAACCAUGAUGAACUUGACACAUCAACAGGUGUACUCAAAAAUAACUUUGGGUGGAAUUAUGACAUGUACAGAGUACAUGCACUUGUUCAAAUUAUAACCAUACUUGUAGCAUUGUUAAGGUAUGAAGCAAUAAAAUGUGUUCUGGUGGAAAAGUCUACAUUCAAUCCAAAGUAUUUCAACUACUAAUAAGGAAGGCAAAGGAAAUAUAUUAUACAAGCUCUUCCAGAGGGGUGUAUUUGCAAUAAAAUUUCAAGUUUCACUCAUAA